AUGCGUACUACAGUAGCUCUGCUUGGCUUUGCUGCUGGUAGCUAUGCCUUGGAGAAAAGAGCAUCCGCCUCUGCUUAUUCUUCUAACUCGGCCGGAACCUACAAACUCUCGUCCAUCACAGCUCCAGUUCAAGGAGCAGGAGAUCCUGGAUCAAGCUCAACAUGGAAACUGAGUAUCGAUGACACGUCCUCCGGUUACAAGCAGACGAUAGUUGGCUUCGGUGCUGCAGUCACUGACGCGACAGUGGAGUCGUUUAACACGCUAUCUGACUCCAAUCUCCAGGAUCUGCUCAACGACCUAUUGACCGAUUCCGGUGCCAGCUUUUCUUUGAUGAGACACACCAUCGGAGCCUCAGAUCUCUCUGGUGAUCCAGUUUACACCUACGAUGACAAUGGUGGCUCAGUGGAUACAUCACUCUCGAGCUUCAAUCUCGGAGACCGUGGAACUUCCAUGGCUAAUAUGUUGGCCUCCAUGAAGUCCCUUCAAUCCGACCUCACCAUCUUCGGCUCACCUUGGAGCGCACCCGGCUGGAUGAAGCUUAAUGGAGUCAUUGAGGGUGAUACCACAAACAACAAUUUAAAUGAUGGGUAUCUGAGCGGCGACUUUGGAGAGACAGGGUAUGCCAGUGAAUUCGCACAAUACUUUGUCAAGUACAUUCAGGCAUACCAAGAUCUCGGAGUAACAAUCGACGCGAUCACAAUUCAAAAUGAGCCUUUGAACAGUCAGGCGGGAUAUCCGACGAUGUACGUCUAUGCAGAUGAGUCUGCCCAGCUGAUUCAGAACUACAUCGGCCCCGCUCUUGCUGAUGCCAACCUUGCCACCAAAGUGUGGGCGUACGACCAUAAUACAGAUGUCACAUCGUACCCUCAGACUGUCAUCGACGACGCCGGUGAAUAUGUCGACUCGGUCGCCUGGCACUGCUAUGCUACUGAUGUCGACUGGACCGUUCUCAGCACAUUCCACGACUCAAACCCCGAUGUUACCCAAUAUAUGACCGAGUGCUGGACCCCUUCAUCUGGAGACUGGUACCAAGCAGCCGACUUUACCAUGGGACCCCUGCAGAACUGGGCUGCCGGCGUGGCAGCAUGGACACUUGGCACGAACUCCAGUGAUGGCCCGCACCUUUCUGAAGGUGGAUGUGCUACAUGCACUGGGUUGGUGGUUGUUAACGAUGACGGAAGCUACACGUUUGAGACAGCCUACUACAUGAUGGCCCAGUUUAGCAAGUUCAUUCCGACUGGUGCUACUAUCCUAAAUGGAACGGGCAGCUAUACUUACUCUGGUGGGGAUGGCAUACAAUCUGUGGCUUCGUUGAACCCGGAUGGAACUCGCUCUGUUAUCAUUGAGAAUAAGUUUGAUAACGAUAUCUAUUUAACCCUCAGCACUGAGAGUGGAGAGGAGUGGUCCGGAGAUAUCCCGAGUGAGUCGGUCACUACUUGGGUUCUUCCUGCUUCGUCCUAG